AUCUGCCAUGCAUUUAAUAGCUACAAUGAAUAUUUGUUUGUACAUGAAUUUUAUAUAAUUUAUAUUUUUUACUUCUGCUUUUAACAUUUUUAAUUUAAUCGUGAACUGAUAAUUUCAACUUUUAGAAAUUGAUGUUUUCGGAAUUAAAACGUGAUUACACCAAUUAAUAUCAAACCAUGCAAAUAUUGUGCUUUAUGUAUAUGCAUUGUGUUAGUGGUAGUAAAUUGCAAAUUAUUGUAACAUUAGUGUUGUUGUGACAUUACUGUUAAGUGAUGUUCAAAAAUUGGAAUAUGAUAAUUUAUGUAAAUGAAAUAUUACGGUGAAAUCUAAUUUUAUCUGACUUGUCAAAUAAAGUGUAAGCAAAAUAACUAACUUUUCGUUUAUUGAUUUUUAUGUUUCGAAUUUCAUGGAUGUACAUUGUAUUCUUUUAAAUCUAGAUUUAAAUAUCAUUCAAUUACACAAAGUUAUGACUAUAACAUCUAAAUUCUGUUAAUAUAUUUUUGCAAGAAAAGUUUGGAUUUUUAACGUAAUUUAUCAUUUCUAUGAUUAAAUAAAUUUGUAUCGAAUAUACUUUCAAAAAGUACAUAUAAUGUUGGCGAAUUUGGAAUGAUAUAAAUUACAAUAUGUUAUACAAAUCAGAUUUUAACUUUACAGGCUUACGUCGAGUGAGACUACAAAAAUAUAUUGACAUAAAAAAAGUUGAACCACAAAGGGUUAUUAGGAGAUAAACAUUUUUUGUAUGAGAUUGAACUGGAUUGAACUCUUAGGGAGUGUUACCCAAAGAGUAUUAGAAGAGUAUUCUAAUACUCUUUGGUGUUGCCAACCAGUACAGAACAGAACAGUGCUCUCAUCAGGUAUAAUUUAGGAGAUUGGUCAAGCAUUAUAGUGAUAGGGAUUUUAGACGAAUCGAUUGCUUGUGGAAAGAUAUCCCUCUAGUGGCAAGCAUGGGAGAUAUAGGAGUUCAUUGAGAAUGCACAGUGAGAAUAGGAACCUGAAAGAUCCAAGAGUCCGCCUCUAUAAAAAUACCGUGUCUGUGUUUUUAUGUCUCACAAACUCAGAUGCAACACUGAUUUGCGGUAGUUAACCUGUUAAUUUAGUUUUAAACGAUGUAUUUGUACAUUCUACGAAUUACUGUUCCAUAAUUACAACGAAGUGUUCAAUUAGUGUAUCAGAAAAUGCAUAAUUCCAUGUGCAUUUCCAAACUUAUUCCAUGGGACUUGAUAGAAAAUUCACAGAAUUGUUUACCCGUGGAAAUGAAAAUACAUUUAACAGCAAUAAUAACCAGAUUAAAAAGCUUCAAUGAAAACAAAAUGGAUUUAUCAAAAAAGUGGGUAGAAAGUUCAUUAAUUCUAAUUGAAGCUUGCCUGGACAGAACAUGGGAAAUAUUAAAUUCAGGUUAUUGGCAGUCUGUUCCAAUAAACCAUCGAUACUGUUAUUCAUUAUGUACAAUUUUGAAGACAAUAUUACUGGAGUUUCAAUAUGACGACCAUGAGGUCACAAAAAAUAUUAAUUUAUUAAAAGUAAUGGUUCAAGAAAUUGAUAAAGGUAUUUUGUUGGGAGCACCACUUCCAAAUAUGCCUUGUUUAUUACCAACAAUUGCUGCAAAGUUAAAUAAAUGUUGCACUUCAAAAUCUCUGGAAACAUCGACUUUAAAAGAAUUGGUUAUUAAUUCUGAAAAUCUGCUUGAUUCUACACUUUCUGGAUUCAGUGAAAUUUGUUGCUACAAUGAACCAUCAAUGGAGUUGUUUUAUAGAGAAAUAUUUAUGCCAAAAGUUCCAGCACUAUUGAAAGGUUGCAUUAAACACUGGAAAGCUUUAGAGCGAUGGCAAGAUUUGAAUUAUUUAAGUAGCAUAGCAGGCAAUCGAACAGUACCUAUUGAGAUUGGAUCACGUUAUACUAAUGAUGAUUGGACACAACAGCUUCUUAGUUUUUCUGAAUUUUUACAAAAACAUAUAUUAGAAAAACGUAAUGAAGUUGGUUAUUUGGCACAACAUCAACUUUUUGAACAGAUUCCUGAAUUGAAAGAUGAUUUUAUGGUACCUGAAUAUUGCAGUUUUACAGAUAAUGAUGAAGUGGAAUCACCAGACAUAAAUGCUUGGUUUGGACCUAGUGGAACUGUUUCUCCUUUGCAUUUCGAUCCAAAAAAUAAUCUUUUAUGUCAAGUAUUUGGGUAUAAAAGGAUCAUUUUAUAUCAUCCAAAGGAUUCACCUAAUUUAUAUCCAUAUGAUACAAGGUUGCUUAACAACACUGCACAAGUAGAUCCUAUGAAUCCAAAUUACAAUACGUGGCCGAAUUUUAUUAAAGCUAAAGGUUUAGUUGGUUAUUUGAAACCAGGGGAAAUGUUGUACAUUCCUCCAACAUGGUGGCAUCAUGUGACAUCCUUAACUCCAAGUUUUUCAAUCAGCUUUUGGUGGGCUUAAGUGCAAUAUAAACAUUGAUUUACUUUAAAGUAUUAAUUUCAGUCAAUAUUUGUAUGUAAAUAUUUGUAUAACAUGAGUUAAUCCUUUAUAAAUAUUACAAUUUUAUGAAUACUGAUUUUCAAAGUCAACUCAUUAUGAAGAUCAUUGCUUGUAAAUUGUACUUUUUCACAGUAUUUCACAUUGUAAUAAAUAUUGCCUAUCAAUAAAGACCGAAAUCCCAUCUUAUGAUAUCUUAAUUGAACUUUAUAUAAUAAUAUAAAGUAAUGGUAUUUUGACUUUACAAAUAAAUUUAUAAUAACUAUGAACACAGUGACUGAGUGUAUAAUUAUAUAUAUAAAUUAAGAAAUCUUA